UGAGGCGCAUCAUCCCUGCGCACGAACACACAGACACUGCCCAGACGCCAGCAACGAUUGAAGAAGUGUGGGUGGGAGCUGGGAAGCAGAGGCGGCCAGUGGGGGCGCCGGGAGGUGGGGCUGUGCUGCCAGCAACCGAAAGUUGGUGGCGCGGCGCCCGGCCGUCGGACAGGGACUGGUGGUGCUGCCUUCUCGGAGUGCGGCAGCGGCGGCGCCGGAGCAGUGCCAGAUCUGCGACUCCGGCGGCGCAAUCCACCAAUCCCUGGGCUCAGCAUUGGAUCAGGAUCUAACAAUCCACAAGCAAGCUUGCCCAGUCUCAUAAGUAACAGCUACCUGCUGUAGGAGGGUUGCUGCUAUCUGCCCGUCUUCACCUUGUGGUGCUGUCUAGCAAGUUGUACAAGAUGUCUGUCAUCGCCUGAUGAUCUCUGCUGUGACAUCUCUCUCUCACUCCUGCUGAAUUCGGCGGGUGUAGAAGGAAACAAGAGAGGAGCAAGAAAGGCCGGAUUCUGGCAGUUUCCUCUACUACAUCAGCCUCAACUCCUCUUUCACUUUCCACCAUGCCUCGCAACUUGGAGAGCCCAGUGCAGACCCAGAUGGCAGUCUCAGCCUUGGAUCGAGCUCUUAGCAGUGAGUACCCUACCAAAAGCAGAAGCGAGACCAAGGUUGGCGGAUGGAAACGUGUUUUUGUUCAAACUGACACUGGUUGUGUCCUGGCUAUUCAAUUGGAUCGUGGUGACAAUGCACACACGGUCAAAAGAAGGCUGCAGGUAGCCCUAAACUUUCCCACUGAUGAGAGGUCACUGACAUUAGGCGAUCGUGUUCUGAAAAAUGAUCUCAGCACCAUUAGAAAUGAUUCCCCGUUGCUUCUCACCAAGACUUUCAUGCAUCGAAGUUCCUCCACACCAUGCUUGUCUCCUAGAGGCAAGGAUCUCCAACAGCAAAAAGAUAAGGGUUGUCCAAUUGAGCUGUUAGUAUGCCCGAGCCGCUGUUCUCGAACAAGGCAGCUCGUGAAGGAUGUUGCUAGGGCAAUCAGGAAAGGUGUGGAUCCAGUACCUAUCAAAAGUGGGCUUGGUGGUGCCUACUAUUUCAAGAACAGCAAAGGUGAGAAUGCAGCAAUUGUGAAGCCAAAUGAUGAGGAGCCUUUUGCACCCAACAACCCAAAAGGUUUUAUAGGGAAAUCCCUUGGACAGCCAGGCCUCAAAAGAUCGGUUCGAAUUGGUGAGACUGGUUUCAGAGAGGUUGCUGCUUACCUUCUGGACCAUGAUAACUCUGCUAAUGUCCCUCCGACGCUACUUGUUAAGAUUUCUCAUCCUGUGUUUCAUAUGAAUGAAGGCGCCAACUGUGCUAACAAAAAUAUUGCUGAUGGUAGCACUCAAGCUGUUAGCAAGAUUGCAUCAUUUCAGCAGUUCAUUCCUCAUGAUUUUGAUGCCAGUGAUCAUGGCACCUCAAGCUUUCCUGUUUCUGCUGUCCAUAGGAUUGGUAUUCUUGACAUCAGGAUCUUCAACACUGAUAGACAUGCUGGAAAUCUUCUGGUAAGGAAGCAAACUGGAGCAGGAAAAUUUGGGAAUCAGACUGAACUUAUUCCUAUUGAUCAUGGUCUCUGCCUUCCAGAGUGUUUGGAGGAUCCUUAUUUUGAAUGGAUCCACUGGCCUCAGGCAUCAGUCCCAUUCUCUGAGGAUGAGCUCGAGUACAUAGCAAAUCUUGAUCCAGUAAAAGAUGCUGACAUGCUGCGGAUGGAGUUGCCUAUGAUCCGUGAAGCAUGCCUCAGAGUACUAAUACUCUCAACCAUAUUUCUGAAAGAAGCCACAGCAUUUGGUCUGUGCCUUGCAGAGAUUGGGGAGAUGAUGAGCAGGGAAUUUACUGGGAUGGAAGAUCAGCCAAGUGAGUUAGAGUUUGUCUGCAUGGAGGCAAGGAGGCUAGCAGCAGAGCAAGAAGACAGUUCCACAGAACAUGACUCUGGUGAGGAGGAUUUAACUCAGUUUGAACUUGACAGCGAAGAUCAUGAAAUGCUAAAAGAACCAUCAGCCCACCAGUUUGAAUUUAAGACAAGAAACUCCAGAAACCAACUGUCCAAAUUGGAUGAAGCCGAUGAAGAAGAGGAGGAAGAAGAGGAAGAUGAUACUGAGGAGGUAGAAAGCAAUGCCGGAAAGUUAGCUCGCCCUAAGCCUGUCAAUAAGUGGCUUGCUAACAUUUCAAAGCUGUCGACCUCACUGAAGGGUGUCAAUCUAACAGACAAAACCCAGCGUCAACUGUCUGCUGGUCCUAAGUUUGUGGAUCCUGCGAAUACUUCUAAGAGCAACAGCAACGAUACGGGCUCUCAACUUUGUAACUGGGGAAGUGCAAAUGAUAUGCUCCCUACAAGUGUGAGCUUCGUCAAGCUGGCUGACAUGAAACCUGAGACAUGGGGCCUGUUCCUCGAGAAGUUCCAGGAGCUCCUGCCUGAGACAUUCCGCUCCCGAAAGUGCAGUGUCACAGCACAAAGGGCAAAGCAGAGGCUUGGCACUUCUUGCCAGUUUUGAGUUAGCACAGGACAGGAGUAGAGAGGUGAGCACCUGUUCGGCUGUUGCUGUUUGAUGUGGCUUUCAUGCAGGUUUUGAGGUCUGCAGUUCUCGAAUAAAGCCAUCCUUCACAGGAUUGCAGUUUGCAACAGGAUUUGAGUGAUUGAGCGCCUGAACCUGAGGUCCAUGCUGAUAUGAUGGCCUCGCUCUGUAAAUAUUUUUUCCCUUUUUUCUUCCCCUUUUCUAGCUAGGCUGCUAGACAUGAGUUGCUUGAAAGAAGUUGGGAUGCAAUGUCUGCCUGUUUCUGGCCACCCGACUCUUCCACUCAUGAUAUGCAUUCAAAAGUUUCAUUCAAAUAAACAUUUAGCAGAAGUUUCUAAUGUCGUAAUUAAACAUUGUGGCAGAUGAACGAUAAAGGUCAACUUACAAUCAUUUUGUUGUGUUGCGAUUGGCAUGUUCAGUAUAAAUCUUCCUUUGUGGAGGCAUUUAACC